UUUGGAUACGUCAUGAUUAUAGCUGUUAGGUUUCAUCGUUCAUGUGGUUCGACCUGAACGAAGGUAUAUAUACACAAUGUACGAAGGGACUCGCCUUCAACAGCAGCUUUAUCAUUACAGAUCCCAUUUCAACCUGAACUUCUUUCCCGGAGACUAGUUCCAGAUCAAGUCUAUCCGAUUUCAAUCACCGAUCUCCCGACACCAUGUCAUCCCCAACGGAGGUCCUUUUCCCAUCCUUCCACCUGAAGAUUUGUGGUGAACUCUACGCACCAGUAGACGGUUCCCCAGACCGCAAAGGUGCCGCCGUAGUAGUCAGCCACCCGAUGACCGGUGUGAAAGAGCAAACCUCAACCGACUACGCCAAAGCCCUGGCUAAGGCCGGCUUCUACGCCCUCACCUUCGACGCCGGCUACCAAGGUGAAAGCACCGGCGAGCCUCGCGGCCUCGAAGAUCCCCACCAGCGCGUCGAAGACAUCAAGGCAGCCGUCAGCUACCUGACAACACUGAAGGAUCAGGUGAACGCGUCACGGAUCGGAGUGUUGGGCAUCUGCGCCUCGGGCGGCUACACUUCGUACGCCGCUCAGUCUGACUCUCGCAUCCGUGCCCUGGCCACCGUUAGCGCUGCUUGCGUCGGUCGCAUGACACGCAACGGAGGCGUCCAUGAACACAACAAGGAGAAUGCCGAGGCUAUCGCCGGUGCCCUUCAGUAUGCCGGCCAGUGGCGGACCAACGUCGCUAAUGGUGCUCCUAGCGAGGCUCCCGCCAUGUUCGAUGCGACGAAUGUGCCGGACGAUGCGGAUCCAUUCUUCAAGGACGCUGCUGCGUACUAUGGAACGGACAGGGGGAAGCAUGAGCGCUCGAAUCAGAAAGUGCCUCCCGUCAGCUACGAUCUUAUGAUUCCCUAUGACUCAUUCAACUUCCAGCACAUCAUCUCGCCUAGACCGCUAUUGAUGAUCGCUGGUAGUGAGGCGCAGACGCUUCACUACAGUAAGACGGCAGUGGAGAUUGCGAAGGAGCCCAAGGAAUUGUUCGUUGUGAAGGGCAAGAACCAUUUCGACAUCUAUGAUGAUCUGAAUGAGUCUGGUCCUAAGCUGGUUGAUUUCUUUGGAAAGAACCUUCAAUAUACUUACCAACUGAGAUGGAUUACACGUGUUAAUGAUGAAUAUGGUUCAAUUAGCUUGUAUGUAGUUAACAUUCUCUUUUGAAGCUCAGACAUUCAAGAAGCACACCGAAAUCAACAUAGAGGUGAUUUGGAGUCCUGAUCAGUGAUCACAAUGCAUCGGCUACCAUACCUCUAGUGUUGCUGCAGAUUAGGACGGCGAUGAUCGAGUAAAGCAUGUCUUAGGCGAAAGCACCAUUUGGGAUGACGGGUGUGCCUUAAACCCUCAACGACAUACCCCCCCCCGGCUGGUGCAAGGGCAUUGUAAGUGUUUUAGGGAGAAAAAUAAGGCAUAUCCCCUUGGAACCUUUGAAUGCCUAAGGUAAUGAUUACGGACAUGGUAAAGUAACGAUGCAUUAAAGCUG